GAAAAUGUUUGCUCUCCCACCCUUUCGAGGCAGACGAGAAGGAAGCCGACUCCUGCCACCUUCCCAAGCAGCGACAGCGGAGAAAACCCCGAGUUUUGUUCUCCCAAGCUCAAGUGUUUGAACUCGAGCGGCGAUUUAAGCAACAGAAAUACCUCUCCGCGCCGGAAAGGGAGCACCUCGCCAGCGUGCUCAAGCUCACCUCCACGCAGGUGAAAAUCUGGUUCCAAAAUCGGAGGUACAAGUGCAAGAGGCAAAGGCAAGAUAAAUCCCUGGAGCUGGCUGCCCACCCGCUGCCCCCGCGCAGGGUGGCAGUGCCCGUGCUGGUCAGGGACGGCAAACCCUGUCUUGGGGGCUCCCAGCCUUACCCAGUCCCAUACAGCAUCACCGCCAGCCCUUACUCCUAUAGCUCCUACUACAGUGCCUAUAGCAGCAGCCUGUAUGGUGCUGGCUAUGGGGGGGGCUACACUGAGGUGCCCCCCAACGCCACCCCUGGCAGCCACGCCAUGGAUGUGAGCUUGGGCAUGGCCAGCACUGCUCAGCACCAGCCCACGUGCUUGCAAGCCACUGUGCAAGCAGGAAUCAGGGCUUGGUAG